CUUAUACUACUCGUAUUACCUUGAAACUUGAUUUAAAAUUUUUAAAGCUAAAAAUACUAUUGUUCUUAGUUUCUUUCGUUAUCUCAAAAGUAAUUUUAGAACCACGAUACAUAGACAACUAAAUCACAGUAGCUAUAAGUGGCGGAACAAAAUUAACAAUGUACUUAAUUUAUUAAGGGGAGAUAGGGUUUUGCACUUUCAAAAAAUCAAUUUUUUUGUCUUUUCUUGUAGUUAAACAUUACAAGAAUAUAUUCCCAAAAUUUCAAGUUGAUCCGAGCAAAAUUCUCAAAGUUAUUAAGUAGUUAGUCUCCACUCAUUCAAACUGUAGUUCCGACAGCUGCGGACGCUCAGAACGGCCCCUCGUAGCGAUGAGCAGGUAUACAGUUUAUUUACUUGGGGAUCAUUCUCGACCUUCUGACAGUAUUGUUACACAGGCCCGGUUUUUCGCGCAUGCGCGUCAAAUAAGGACACGAGCGUCAGUUAGUUGUGGAACGUUCGAUCGUGCGCUUGUUUUCAGUGAUUUAAUAAUUUUGUAAAGAUCUUUUCUAUUAAACAAUGCCGAGAAUAUCUAAGGUUUCGAGAAAUGGUCAAAGAAAUAGUAGAACUUUUUUGUGUAGGUCAAAAAAAAGACCAAAUCCAAGUAAACAAAAAAAAGAUGAAACUAGUACGUCGAGUGCAUCAUAAAAAAAAAACGUUGAAAAACAUUAUUAAAUUGUAGAUUUUUUGCUUGUUUUCUCGACAAUUUCAACGUUAGUGAAAUGUGUUCAGUGUGAUGGUUCAGUUCAGUUUAAAAGUUGCAAAAAAGAAGGUCUUGGUUUUGAAAUUCAGAUUAAAUGUGCUAAAUGUAAUCCACGCUAUAUACCGUCGAGUGACAAAACUGGUCAUCGCUAUGAAAUCAACACUCGAUUCGUUUUUGUAAUGCGUGCAUUAGGCUUAGGUUUAGCAGGCUGUAAUAAGUUUUGCGGCCUCAUGGAUAUUGUAAGUGAUUUUGUAUCAAAAACGUCUUAUUUGGAAAUAAUGAAAAUGAUUUGCUCCAGCGUAGAAACGACUGCUAAAAAUUUUCUCCUUUCCGCCGCAAACGAAGAAAAGCAAAAAACACGUGAAAACUCGGAGUCUGACACUGUUUCUGGCGAUGGCACGUGGCAUAAGCAAGGCUACAGCUUUUUCUUUGGCGUCGCUUCAUUAAUUGGUUAUUGGACUGGAAAAGUGAUUGAUAUUUUCAUAAGUAGUUUACAUUGUCAACUUUGAAAAAUUAUGGGAAAAAAAUGAAGACUGCUGAAUUUGAAGAGUGGUACUCACAACACGUUGCUAAUGAUGAAUGUGAUGCCAAUCAUACUGGACUAUCAGGUAACAUGGAAGUAAACGCAGUAAUUGAAACGUUUCGCCGCUCAGAAGAAAAUUAUGGAACAAAAAUUAACAAUUAUAUCGAAGACGGCGAUAGCAAAACUUACGGCAAUUUAGUGCAAGCGAAACUUUACGGUAAGAACUUCACUAUAAAUAAAAAAAAUGUGUAGGCCAUGUACAGAAACGAAUGGGAAAACGUUUACGUGAUUUGGUAAAUACGACUACUGAAGAUGUAGCCGUGAAGACAGGAAAAAAUGCAGGUAGAACGCGGCGAAGUAAAAUACUUGGCGGUAAAGGAAAACUUACUGGAAAAGUAAUCGAUAAUUUGAGUCGAUACUACGGAGCAGCAAUAAGGCAUAAUUGUGAUUUGGUCGAGAAAAUGAAAAAUGCGAUCUGGGCCACGUACUACCACCAGCAGUUAACAGACGAUAAUCCUCAACACGAUAUGUGCAUGAGCGGUGAAAAUUCGUGGUGUCCUUAUCAAAAAGCUCUGGCCAUAACAGGAGUGGAGAAUUUCCAGCACAAUUACACUCCACUUCCAGAAAAUGUCAUCCAAGCUAUAAAACCAAUUUAUGAAGAUUUGAGCAAGGACGAACUUCUGGAAAGAUGUCUUGGAGGUUUUACCCAAAAUGCAAACGAAAGUUUGAACCAACUUAUUUGGAGAAUCGCAAAAAAAUUAUCUGGCAGCAAACAAAUUGUUGAAUUUGCAGCCUAUGUAGCUGCAUGCACUUUCAACGAAAGUGUUGGUGCUUUCCUCAUCUUUCUUUCUGAUAUGAACGUCAGCUUUGGGCCGAGCGCUCACGAAUACGCAAGAUUGGAGGACAGCUGUCGCAUGAACAGGGUCGAUAUACGAGCUGAGCAGCACAGCAAAGAAGCCAGAAUAAAGAAAGACUCGAAAAAAAAGAGGCUGAGGACAUCGAAGCUGCUGCAAGGAUUGUACUCUAUGGAGCUGGAAUCGAUGAUUCAGUAUAAUUUUCAGCUAAGAUACAGUGAACACCGCAAAUCGUCUUUUUCCAAAGGCGCUCUGGGAAAAGUUCUGUCACCGGCUUGUUUGUGAAUAUUUUUGCAUCAAAAUUGUACAGAAUAUUCUUAAAACCAUACUUAAUAAUGUACAAAAGGUUUUAAUAAAUUUACUUAAACCAUUUUUCUAAAAAAAAUUCGUAAAAAAAGUGUAUUUUUUCACGCUAAAAACCCUAUUCCCCUCCUUAAGAGUGAUAUGUAAUGCCAAUUAAGAGCUAAACACGAGAUCUUCUAGUGUGAAAUCAUGUAUUCUUUCUCAAGAAUUUUUUUACAAAUGUUUUGGUCUCUGAUUCGAACUAUCUUCAAUGUGACAAAGUAAAAUCUAUGAAUCAAAUGUAAAAAAUCGGUCAAAAUGUUAUUGUAUUGAGUGUCGCAUUACGUACAAAAAUCUUGCUUGUAAGACAUUCUCCUCUCACGGUCUUAGUCUAUCAUGAACAUGCUCAUUAUUGUAAUAAUUUACGUUUUGGAAAACACUAGAU